AUUGAAACAUACGAGCAAACGUGUCUCUCUAAACGCUCGACAUUAGCAAAACCAGUGUGCUUUAAAUUCGCACCAUUGAAGCCAUUAGACAGAAUAAUAUACAAACGACGAAACUGUUCAAACUGUGUUAGAGAACAUUGCAUUAAAUUACGUAUUAUAAGUAUUUAUACCUACUCCUACAUUGGAACUUUAUUUAAAUUUUUAGCAUUUUUUAUCUCGUAACAAUACCUACUCAAAAUGAGUCAAAGACGCGGCAACAGGAGUACAGCUGAAGAAUCAGACGCGAACCUAGAUGAUGCCAUCAAAGAAUGCGUCCGUUUCAUCGUUUGCCGAGAAGGAAGUAAAGUGCCCAUCAAACGGGCUGAAAUAGUCAAACACUUGAACACUACUAGCCAGACUCCGGCCAACCAAGUCAAUACAGUAAUAGUGGAAGCUAACAAGACUCUUAAAAGGGUAUAUGGAUAUAAACUGGUGCAAGUUGAGGCGAAGUCAGGCAUCCAGUACAUAGUGGUGCUUACCGAAGAGUGUGACUCGGUGCAGUCAAACGUCAAUGACCCUCUGCAGAGGAAGCUGUUAGUUGCAGCCCUGACACACAUCUACAUGAGCGGAGGGCCUGUUAAAGAAGAUGACAUGUGGAAGUUCCUCUCCGAGGCUGGCUUGCUGGAAGAGAAUGACCACGCGGGCCGGAAGAUACUAACGAAUACAUUCACGAAACAGAUGUACCUGAUAUAUUCUAAGAUUGGGGACGGGGAGCUGGCUCGAAAUGUGUUUGAAUGGGGCCAGCGAUCUCUGGAGGAAGUGCCGAAACUAUUUAUUCUCAACAAAAUGGCUGAGGCUUUCGAUAAGAGCCCGGACUAUUGGUGCGAACAAUACAAGGAGGCUACUGAAGAAGUGUCUUAGCAAACGAUUUAAUUAAUUAAUUCUCAUGUAUAAUUACAAA